ACCGAAAUAACCUUAACUCAAAAGAUAAUGAAAGAAAAAUGAUUCUUAGUGAUACCUCGACAGCCAAAAAAACAGUGAUUCCCAAAUGUCCCAGCGAUUUUUUACCGAAUGAUUCUCAAUACCAGUGGUACUUGCAGAGUUUCAAACAACUUUCUCCACUUACUGAUAAAAAGUUGAAUAAACAAGUCUUACAUUUGAAUAACAAUCCAACAACCACAAGUUUCUUGGACGAUAUAUUAAUACUCACUCCCAUUUCUAACGUUAAAGAUAAAUUAAGACAUUAUUUUUCAAACCUAUGUUCACUCACGUACCCCCACGAAAAACUUUCCAUAGUUCUGGCCGAAGACUCCAGCGUUGACCAUACUCUCAUUGAAGCUACGGCUUUGCGAGAUUAUCUCCAACCGUAUUUCAAGAGCAUUCGCAUUAUACCGCUGAAAGAUGGACAGCCCAACUCUGGCGGAAACAUUCGUCACGAUAAAUCGUACCAGGAAGUUAGGCGGAAACAUUUGUCGAAAGUUAGAAAUCAAAUGCUGAUGAGUUCGCUCGAAGAAAAGUUCAAAUGGGUCUUCUGGUUAGAUGCCGAUGUCAGACAUAUACCGACGAACGUGAUCGAGCACCUGCUAUCAGUGAACCAGACAAUAGUGACCGCCAACUGCCUGUACCGCAAGGACAAUGGUGAGUUGGACACAUUUGACAGAAACACGUGGCAAGAAACGAAGAAUUCAUUAGCGGCAUUGAGCAAGAUGCCAGAGGAUUACUUGAUGCUGGAGGGGUACGGACCGUCCAAAAGAUUCUUUCUCAAUGACUUGACAGCAUUUGAAUACGAAAAUGACGAUGGAAAGGCAGAAGCAGAAAAGAAUAUCGCCACAGCAAACAACAAUCUUGCAAACAACAACGUCCAAUCAAGACAACAAAACAACGGGUUUCCUUCAAUCCAACCAUCUAAGGAAAAAAGAACAACCAAAAAAGUUGAAUCAGGAAGACCAGCUGAGUUGGACGGAGUUGGAGGUUGCGUCCUUCUCGUCAAUGCCGAUCUACACAGGAAGGGACUUAUUUUUCCGCCAUUUUUAUUUCGUCAUCACAUAGAGACUGAAGGAAUGGCUAAGAUGGCGAAAGAGAUUUUUGGCGCUAAAAUAUUUGGACUGCCACGUGUUUACAUAGUACAUUGGUAACCAUCUAAAUGACUGUUGCGACAGAAAAAUUUUGAAUAAAAUCUUUAUAAAGUUAAAAUUUAUUUUGAAUGUUGAAUUAGAAUAAAGAGUUUAACUUAAAAAGAUAUAGAUUUUGUAUCUAAGCAAACCAGGCUACCUGGUUGAAUGUAUGGUAAGGUUUUUAAUUAUAACUAAUAAAUGCAUUUUCAUUAUUGUU